GAGCGUAGGGAGGGAGAGAGUGAGUGAGUGAGAGAGAGAGAGGGGGAGAAAGAGAGAGAGAGAGAGAGGGCGAACAGGGAGGAAGGCUGCAGCGCAAAAGACUACAUGAGCGUGUAGCUCAAAUGCUUUCGCCUUCUCAAAUCAACAAAGAAAAGAAGCAGCUGAAUAUCUCGGCGAGUGGAUGGCAGUAGUCUCCGAGCGGUUCGUCAGCAGACUGGGAGAAGGAGGAAUCCCAAACGCCUCUCCCACUCAACGCAUAUUGGAAAACGAAUAGUACAAGACAACCCCAUGUGAAGACCAUCACAUUUGGGAUAUUUUCCUCUAUAUUACUGCCGCUAUUUCGCCUCCUGGACUCGUUUCUGUACUCAGCGCUAUUCCAGACGUAGGGAAUUCGAUUGUUUACGUAUGCUUUCCCAUUACGAGGAAAGACGGGUCGUAAACAAAAACAGGAGCCUCUGGGUUUGCAUAUCGCGUUUUUGCAUCCUAUUUGAUUGUUCUGCUCAAAUGAGAGAAUCAGGUUGAUCCGUGUAGUGGUUUGAGGGAUUAAAUCAGCACAGCAUCCAUCUAUAUGUGCAUACUGAUGACGUGAUGACAUCUAUGAGUAUAGCGACCCCCUGAAUCAAAACCUGAAAACGUCUGUUCUUGCAAAGAAGCCAGCUGCAUCUCACUUGAGCGUCAUCAUGGUGGUUUUUAAUGGAGUGUUGAAGAUCAAAGUUUGCGAGGCGCUGGACCUGAAGCCCACUCCAUGGUCGCUCCGGCAUGCUGUUGGACCGAAGACCCAGACCUUCCUGCUGGACACGUACAUUGCCCUCAACGUGGACGAUUCACGUGUGGGCCAAACUUCUACCAAGCAAAAGACAAAUAGUCCAGCUUGGAAUGAUGAGUUUGUAACAGAGGUUUAUGAUGGGAAGAAAAUUGAACUGUCCGUCUUUCACGACGCACCAAUUGGCUAUGAUGACUUUGUGGCCAACUGCACUAUACAGUUUGAGGACCUGCUGCAGAAUGGCAGUAGGCACUUUGAAGAUUGGAUCGACUUGGAGCCUGAGGGCAAAGUGUACGUCAUCAUCGAUCUGUCUGGAUCCUCCAGUGAAGCUGCAUCAUCCAAUGAAAAUGAGGAGAGAGUGUUCCGUGAGCGGAUGCGUCCACGGAAACGGCAGGGGGCGGUUCGGAGGCGUGUCCAUCAGGUUAAUGGACACAAGUUCAUGGCCACCUACCUGAGACAGCCCACCUACUGCUCCCACUGCCGAGAUUUCAUCUGGGGUGUGUUGGGGAAACAGGGGUAUCAGUGUCAGGUGUGUACCUGCGUGGUCCAUAAGAGAUGCCAUGAGCUCAUUAUAACAAAAUGUGCUGGCUUGAAGAAACAGGAAGACACUCCUGAAGAGGUUGGCUCCCAGCGCUUCAGUGUAAACAUUCCACACAUGUUCAGCAUUCACAAUUACAAAGUCCCCACCUUCUGCGACCACUGCGGCUCCUUACUUUGGGGACUGAUGCGGCAAGGCCUGCAGUGCAAAGCCUGUAAAAUGAAUGUCCAUCGGCGUUGUGAAAGUAAUGUAGCUCCUAGCUGUGGUGUCGAUGCCAGAAAAAUUGCUAAAGUGCUUUCUGAUCUCGGGGUGACACCAGACAAAAUCUCCAACAGUACCCAACGCAGGAAAAAGUUGACUCCAGGGCAGGACCCUCAGCAAACCACAACAGAAGCCCCCUCAUCAGAGGAGUCUGACCGAUGCAAAUCAGCUCCAGCUUCACCCUGCGACCAGGCAGAGCUUGCAGAACUGGAGAGUAUCCGCAAGGCCCUGUCAUUUGGCCAGGAGCACAAGUCUUCCUCCUCUUCCUCGUGCAGCGCCGUUCAGAGCACAGCGACCGAGGGCCGGGAGAAUGGAGAUCUCAAGACCGUACAGACGAAGAGGAUGAGUCUCACGGACUUCUUGUUCAUCAAAGUGCUGGGCAAAGGCAGCUUCGGCAAAGUGAUGCUGGCUGAGCUGAAAGGCACAGAUGAAGUUUACGCUGUGAAAGUUCUGAAAAAAGACGUCAUCCUUCAAGAUGAUGAUGUGGACUGCACUUUGACAGAGAAACGCAUUCUGGCCCUGGCUAGAAAACAUCCCUAUCUGACUCAGCUUUUCUGCUGCUUCCAGACGAAGGAUCGGUUGUUCUUUGUUAUGGAGUAUGUGAACGGAGGAGACCUGAUGUUUCAGAUCCAGCGCUCACGAAAGUUUGAUGAAGCCCGUUCCCGUUUCUACGCAGCUGAGGUCACAUCAGCACUUAUGUUCCUGCACCAACACGGCGUCAUCUACAGAGAUCUGAAGCUGGAUAACAUUCUUUUGGACGCUGAAGGCCACUGUAAACUGGCUGACUUUGGCAUGUGCAAAGAGGGCAUUCUGAACGGGGUCACGACCACUACCUUCUGCGGGACACCUGACUACAUCGCACCUGAGAUCCUGCAGGAGUUGGAGUACGGCCCAUCGGUGGAUUGGUGGGCUCUGGGUGUGCUCAUGUACGAAAUGAUGGCCGGUCAGCCUCCGUUUGAAGCUGACAAUGAGGACGACCUUUUUGAGUCCAUCCUCCACGAUGACGUGCUUUACCCCGUGUGGCUCAGUAAAGAAGCCGUCAGCAUUCUGAAAUCUUUCAUGACAAAGAACCCCAGUAAGCGUCUGGGCUGUGUGGUGACCCAGGGGCUGGAGGAAGCCAUCAAAGUCCAUCCUUUCUUCAGAGAGAUCGACUGGGUCCUGCUGGAGCAGAGGAGGGUCAAGCCCCCCUUUAAACCUCGCAUUAAAACCAAGCGCGAUGUGAAUAACUUCGACCAGGACUUCACUCGCGAGGACCCCGUGCUCACGCCAGUAGACGAGGCAAUCAUCAAGCAAAUCAACCAGGAUGAAUUCAAGGGCUUCUCAUACUUCGGAGAGGAAGCUUUGUCUUAAAGCCCAACCCUUCAUCUGUCAGCUCAAAUAUAUGCUAAACACACCCACAAACACUCAAAAAUCCACAUCGCAUCGCAAUACAUGAACACACACUCCACAGAUGCGCUGAAGAUGGGGCUCAAACCAGACGAGAGCAGAACGGCCAGUCCCUGUGGUUCACUUCCCCUUUACUGCUGUUUUUGCUCUUUUAUUCUUCUCUAUGUCUCCAAAAAAGAAAAAAAAAGUACUGCGUAUGGAUCUCGUCCCAGGCCUCAACGAGUCUGACAACCAAUCAUAAAACGAAUGUUCUCCAGAGCCCAAGAAGGAAGGGUUGGAACGCACUACCUUAAACCAAAAUUGACGAUACCAAUGAUUGUACUACCAUUUCGGACACUUGUUGGGUUUUCGAAAUCCCCUGAUGGAAAGGUUGUGCCCUUGAGGAAGAAUUUACCCUGCAUACGUGACAAUGAGACAUUCUGUGCUGUGCAGUCAAAUGCCUUUUUGUGUAAUCAGGUGACAUUUUGGGAGCAAUUUUAUAAAAUAUACAAAGACAUUUGUAGUGUGUGUAUAUAUAUAUAUAUAUAUAUAUAUAUAUAUAUAUAUAUAUAUAUAUAUAUAUAUAUAUAUAUAUAUACACAUUCCAUCACAGUGUUUUCAAGGUUCAUUAGGAAUGAUAACCUGCUGUAUAUGGGUUGUGUUACGAAGUGUCGGCCUGAGUAGGUGUGUGCAUGACAUGUAUGUGUCCGUGUGCAUGUGUUUGCAUGAAUGAGAGCGAGAGGCCCUUGCCCUCCUGAAGCUCUACAGCUGUUUUCAUGUUGUUUUGCAAUGGCUUUUCAUUUGUAAAGACUGUGGUGUGUGUGUGUGUGUGUGUGUGUGUGUGUGUGUGUGUGUGUGUGUGUGUGUGUGUGCGCGUGCGCGCCGUGUCCCACCGCUAUGCAUAAGAUGGUAUAGUCGUGGGCAGACAGACCAUCACCCAUAGCUGUCCGGUCGUUUUGUACAGAACGUAACAUGUACAUAGUAUUCACUCCAAAAGCCUGUGAAAGCUUCUUAGAAUAGGCAAUUGUUUGCAUGGUCUUGCAAAUUGUGUCGUUAUUGAGUAGCAUCAGUUUAUGGAAAGAUAAACAUGUUUUUGAUAUCUAUGUGCAAUACCCUGAACACAUUUCCCCCAAUUCUUUUCUUUAUUUUUGAAUUUUUCUGUUGUUUUCUCGUGUGUUUCAUAGGUUAGAGCUUCACCAAAGGCUUUCUCGCUCUCGCUCUCAUGCUUCUCUCUGCCAUUCUCGUGUACAUAGUUUGCUGAAUAAGCUGUGGAAUGUAGUGGAAAAAUGUGUGAGCUCUUAAUUUAUUCGAUUUACAUGUAGCUAUGCUUCCUUUUUGUGUCAACAAUUCAAUCGUUUCUUUGUGUUACUUUAUUUCAGACAAUUAAGCCUUGUUACACACCUCCGUAGAGUUUUUAAACUAUUCAGUUUUGUUUUAAAAUUUUGUGAACCCCCUAUAGUUGAAUCGUUUACUUGUGCAAUGUGAAAAGCUCUAAAGUAGAGGUGAACUAAACAAAAAGGGUACAUUUCAGGCGUACUAAUUAAAACCUUCUGGAAUGUGAUGACUUUUGCUUUAGCAAUUCAAUGGUGAUUUGAAGAUGUGUUUUAUUGUUCUUUUAAAAGUGGUUGCUGACUUUAAACAUUUAUUUCUGUCUGAAGUUUUUUUUUUUUUCCUCUCGAAUUGUUCCAUUGCUUUUUUUAACCAUGUCUGUGGGUUGAUUAUGGUAGCUAGGUCAAUGUUGCCGAUUGUCUUUGAAGCCUUUUUCUCUCGCAGGCACCUUCCUGUCUGUCGCCCUCACUGUAUCAUGCCAAAUGUCUCGUUCAGCUUUAUUUUCUCCCGUUGUUUCCUUUUUAAGUGUAAAGGAAUGAACUUGAUAUAUAGGAUGCAUCCAUGGUCUGUCUUCAAAGUCAAAACAGAAUAAAUAAACUAAAAAUUACCUCUUAAAAUAAGUGCAAAGAUUUCUCUGGCUGAAUAUUGAAUAUUUGCGCAUACAGUAUUAAAAUACAUAAAUGUUUCAUGUGUAUGAUAGUGCUGUAUUACAUACAUCUGGUAUUGGACUUUAGUUUCUGUAUGGUGAAGCUUCACGUGCACAGAGGUAUUUCUUUUCUGGAUACACUAGCGUUAACUCAUUGUAAGCAUUUUACUAUGUGCCAAAUGUACUGUCAUCUAAAGGAUGUGAAUGUUUUUGUUUAACCUAUUAAACCCUAAGAUGUAUGAAAAA